UUGUGGGCCUCCGCGCUGCCUCCACUGCCUCGCCAUGUCGGGCUCCCCGGUAAAGCGGCAGAGGAUGGAGAGCGUGCUGGACCAGCUCAAGCAGUUCACCACCGUGGUGGCUGAUACGGGCGACUUCCACGCCAUCGACGAGUACAAGCCCCAAGAUGCCACCACCAACCCGUCCCUGAUCCUGGCAGCCGCGCAGAUGCCCGCCUACCAGGAGCUGGUGGAGGAGGCCAUCACCUUCGGCAAGAAGCUAGGCGGGUCGCAAAAGGAACAGGUUCAGAAUGCCAUCGAUAAACUUUACGUGCUGUUCGGAGCAGAAAUACUGAAGAAGGUUCCAGGCCGCGUGUCCACAGAAGUAGACGCGAGGCUCUCCUUUGACAAGGACGCCAUGGUGGCCCGGGCCCAGCGCCUCAUCGAGCUCUACAAGGAUGCCGGAGUCGGCAAGGACCGGGUUCUGAUCAAGCUGUCGUCCACCUGGGAGGGAAUCCAGGCUGGGAAGGAGCUGGAGGAGCAGCACGGCAUCCACUGCAACAUGACGCUGCUCUUCUCCUUCGCCCAGGCCGUGGCCUGCGCCGAGGCAGGGGUGACGCUCAUCUCCCCCUUCGUGGGGCGCAUCCUCGAUUGGCACGUGGCCAACACAGACAAGAAAGUGUACGAGCCCCUAGAGGACCCUGGGGUGAGGAGUGUCACCAAGAUCUACAACUACUACAAGAAAUUCGGCUACAAGACCAUUGUCAUGGGCGCCUCCUUCCGCAACACGGGCGAGAUCAAGGGGCUGGCGGGCUGCGACUUCCUCACCAUCUCACCCAAGCUCCUCGGGGAGCUGCUCAAGGACAACAGCAAGCUGGUGCCCGUGCUCUCAGCUAAGGCAGCCCAGGCCAGCGACCUGGAGAAGAUUCACCUGGACGAGAAGGCCUUCCGCUGGCUGCACAACGAGGACCAGAUGGCUGUGGAGAAGCUCUCAGAUGGGAUCCGAAAGUUCGCGGCCGACGCCGUGAAGCUGGAGCGGGUGCUGGUGGAGCGAAUGUUCAGCGCGGAGAACGGGAAGUAGCCCCCGGCGGGGCCACUGGGGAGCACCGGCUUUGAGCAGGGGUCUGAGCUACACGUGCCUGGUGACGGAUCUUGCGUGUUUUUUUUUUUACUGCUUGGAGCAGGGAUGGAUCACAGAGUUCUUGAUUUUAUGCAAAACUUUGCCUGAUGCAUUAAAACAUGGUG